UAAGGCCGAAAGCUGCCUGCUGUGGUAUAUAAGGGCCAGACACAGAGCGACAUUCCAGCAAAGACAGCAAGGUUAGCUGAAAAACCUUGAACCACAGCAGCGAACCGGCGAUUUUUCUAGAAAACUCUGAGGCGAGAAGUAACUGAGAAUAGCGUUUUUGCAGCCUGAUUACUUUCUGCAUUAACCAACUCAGAAAGUGGGGGUAAAAUGAGCUCUCUGGUUGGUCUGGUGGUCUUCAUGGCUCUGAUGGCCCCUCCAGUUCGCUCUUUCCCGCGUGGCUCCGCUGGGUUCCACCCCAAAGAUCUGGAGAGCUCUGGCACUGGACCCGAAGACCCAGCUCGAGGGUCCGUUCGCCACCAUAAGCCCAAUCCGUUUUUCCUGAGGCAGUUCCCGGGCUCCGUUAGACCUCAUGCGCACGCUGGAGGCGCGCGCAGCCGGAGCCCUUUUCCCGCCUUUUUGGCGCUGGGUCGUGCGGGACCCUCUGAGACCGGCAGGAGGCAGCAGAGCCAGGAGAUGUGGAGGAGGAGCAUGAGGAGAGGGGAGCAGGACGGAGAGCGCGUGGCCUUACCCGUCAGCCCCAGGAACAUGAACCUGAAGGAUCAGAGCUGCGCGGCAGUGCCCUUCACUCAGCGCAUAUCCGAGCCGGGCUGCGAGCCUCUCUCCUUCCAGAACAAGCUCUGCUUCGGUCACUGCGCCUCUCUCUUCGUGCCCCCCAGCGGGGGGUAUGUGGGGCCCUUCAGCGCGCCCUGCUCGCGAUGUGCCCCCGUCAGAGCGCGCUCAGUGCUCGUGCACCUGCGCUGCGGCGAGCAGACGCGAGAGAAGCGUGUGAUGGUGGUGGAGGAGUGCAAAUGCGAAACAGGCCGAGAGGACGCACGAGCUGAGAACAUGGACACACAUCUGUAACAGCGCGGAGAGAGAGAGAGAGAGAGAGAGAGAGAGGGAGAAGGGGAGAGAUUCCUGCUGAAAAAAAAACAUAGAAACCAUUAAGUGUUUCUGUUGGUUCCUGAUGGUUUUGUGAUGUGUUUUGGCUUUUUUAAUGGGUUGACAUCACAGCUGAUUCUAAACCCAUUUGAUGGUUUCCUAAUGGGAUCUAAAGGUGUUCUACGGGAAACAACCGGUCUCUACUGGAAACCAUUAAGCCAAUUCCCAUUAGAAAGCAAAACAAUUAGGUUUUAAUCUUAAAAGUUUCUUAAUGGCCUUUUUCAGCAAGGAUGCAUGAGCGCUUAAUUUCAGUCCAGUGUCUUUAGAGUCUAAUUCUGCCUCGUGUUUGACAACAGGACCAAAUCAGGUUCUAGAUAUUCUGUGUUUAGUUCUCUUAAGUUCUGUGUGUUAGCCCGAUAUACUCCAGACUGGAGUGUCACUGUAUAAACCACCGCUUUUCAGCGGAACUAUGUUAAGUCGUUUUGACUGCAGCCUGUGAGCUUAUUACCUGUUUUGACCGGCAGAUGUCGCUGAUGAACCAGUGAAUUUGUGUAUCUGCCUCAUGACAUUGUAACUGCUUUAAGUUAUAGAAAUAUAUUUGUGUACUGUGAA